UCUCUUGCAAGACUUGGAUCACACGUGGUCAGCCCAAAUCACUUUGGAUCUCAGGGUUCUUCUUCCCUCAAGGCUUUCUUACUGGAGUGUUGCAGAAUCAUGCCCGGCGUUACAGUUUGCCUAUCGACGAGCUUAAUUUCCGCUUCAGCGUGGUGCCGGCGUACAGGGAUGAGGAAGCAGUCUGUGAGGCUCUAAGCACUCUUCCCAUUGGUGCAAAACUGAACAUGGAUGAGGAGUUACCAGAGCCGCAGGACGGUGUACUUGUUCACGGCAUGUUCAUGGAUGCCUGUCGCUGGGAUGAUGUCGGCAUGGUGAUUGAUGAUGCUCUGCCUCGGGUUAUGAACGCCAUGCUGCCGGUGGUGCACUUUGAGCCGCAGCAGAACUACGUCCCAGAGCCUGACCUCUACCACGCUCCUCUGUACAAGACCUCAGCCAGAGCUGGCACUCUGUCCACCACAGGUCACUCAACUAAUUUUGUGGUGACAGUAAUGCUUCCCUCCAAGCGACCCAGCGACUACUGGAUAUCCAAAGCCUCCGCACUCCUGUGCCAGUUGAAUCAUUAAAUAUUUAUUCGAGGACAAAGCAGAAUUUUGAAUGGCACCAAAACA